AUGAAGCUCCGUCUCUCGUCUCUGGAGAUUCUCCUGGCCAUCGUGUCGACUCUUCUCCUCGCCUGCUGUAUCGGACUCAUCGUAGUUUCAUGGCUCAGCCUGAAGCCUGAAGGUGCCGUUAAGCCAGGCAUGCGGAGCGGCCGCAUGGUGAUCACACACGGAGCAGUUUACUCUGACGAGCUGAAAAACUCCAGCAGUCUGCAGUUUAAAUCUCUCGCCUUUGACGUCCAAAACCUGGUGUCUGAGGCGUUCGGUCUCAGCGAGCUCCGACUGGACUUCCAGUCCUGCAGGGUUUUACAGUUCAGUCAGGGCAGCGUGGUUGUGACCUUUGACCUCUGGUUCAGUCAGCUGAUUGACGUACAGGAGGUGGAGCGUCAGCUGUGGGCAGGGCUUCAGGAGGCCGGGAACACGGGACUGGUGAUUGACAAAAACAGCAUCCACAUCACAGAGAAACCAGACGAGACGACAGCUGCUCCGACAACCAUCAUACCGACAACCAUCAUACCGACAACCAUCACUCCUACAACAGAGUCUCUGAUCUUUGUUUCUCUGAUCUUUGUGUCUCUGAUCUUUGUGUCUCUGAUCUUUGUGUCUCAGAAGUCUCUGGUCUUUGUGUCUCUGAUCUUUGUGUCUCAGAGGACAUGUCCUCCUCUUCAGACAUCAUGUGCCGAUGGAUCUGUGUGCGUUCGGAUCGAUCAGCUGUGUGACGGUGUCCCCGACUGUCCCGACGCCUCGGACGAAGGCGCUGCUCGCUGUGCGACGGCGUGUGAUGGACAGUUCGUGCUGAGCGGUCCGAGCGGUUUCUUCAAUUCAUCAGACGUCUCGGAGACAUACAACAGCAGCAGCUUCUGUCGCUGGAUCCUCAGGGUGGAGCGAGGACUUUCUGUUCAGAUCAACUUCCUGCGGUUUGAAACAGAAGAAAACAUCGACACUCUGAAACUUUACGAAGGCAUCGGAGCAGACAAACACCUGACAGCUGAGCUCUCAGGCUCCACCCCUCCUGGGACCAUGUGGCUGCUGACGGACCAAUCAACCGUGGAGUUUAUCUCUGAUGACGUCAACAACCUGUCGGGGUUCACCGCCAGCUACAGCGCUGCCAACCUCUCCCAACUCUCCAAUGAACAGAAGCUGACCUGUACCUUUGAGCAGGGCAUGUGUUUCUGGCGGCAGCAGUACGAGGAUGACGGUGACUGGAUUCGAACCCGCGGCUCCACGUUUCCUCCGCUGAGUGGCCCGAGUGGCGACCACACGCUCAACAACAGCUCCGGUUUCUACAUCGUGACUCCUCUGAGUCCUGGCCAAUGGCUGAAGAGCUUCAGGAUGUACAGCCUCCCUCUGACUCCGCCCACUCCGCCUGCCGCCUGCCUCAGCUUUUGGUACCACAUGUUGGGGGAGGAUGUGUACCGUCUGCGAGUGCUGCUGUCCCACCCGGCCGUCACCGUGCUGUUCCAGAGAGACGGUAACUACGGCGACCGCUGGAUCUACGGCCAGGUGACACUGAACCUGACGACAGAGAGCACGGUGGUGUUUGAGGCGCUGAAGAAAGGAGGGAUGAGGAACGACAUCGCUCUGGAUGACAUCACACUGACCUCUGACCCCUGUGGCCCCGCCCCCCCAGAACCAACCAACGUCCCGCCUCCAACCACGCCCCCCCCGCUCCCAGCUGACUGCGGCGGACCCUUCGAUCUCUGGGAGCCAAAUUCCACCUUCAGCUCCCUAAAUUACCCACAAUCCUAUGGGAACGAGGCCAAAUGCCUGUGGACGCUGCACGCCGCCGAGGGGCGGAGCCUACAGCUCCACUUCCUGGACUUUGAUGUUGAAGCGACCUAUGACGUGGUGGAGGUCCGGGACGGGGCGGGGCCACACUCCACCUUACUGGCUGUUCUCACUGGCAGCGACGGCCCCGCCCACGACUUGUUCUCAACAACCAAUCAGAUGUCAGUGUGGUUGUUUACGGAUGGCUCGGGUCACGGCCGAGGAUUCAGAGCCAACUUCACCUCUGGGGUCGGCCUGGGGUCACCGGCUGCGUGUACCGUCGGUCAGUUCCAGUGUCACACAGGCAGUUGUAUCCAUGGUAACGGUCAGUGUGACGGCAAUGCCGACUGUCCCGACGCCUCUGAUGAAGCCGACUGCGUUGUGUUGCCCAGCAACAGUUCCAGUGCUCUACAGUAUAAACUAGUUUCCUCUCUGCUGACCGUGUGUUCUGACACCUGGACGUCUCAGCUGUCUGACUUCACCUGCCAGUACCUGGGAUACAGGUCGGGGGAAACCACUGUGCUGCCGGCUCGGCCACAAGACUCACCAUUUGCAUACUUCAAUAUCACCAACGGAGCGCUGCAGACCAACCUCAGUGAAACGUGCGCCAGUGAGGAAGUGAUUUCUCUGAGCUGUGACAACCAACCCUGCGGAGUUAGAAACAUCACUAAUGCAUCGAGGGAGAUGGACCAAUCAGCAGAGAGGAAACUUGGUGACAUCAGAGUGGUGGGCGGGGCUAAUGCUGAGAAGGGGGCGUGGCCGUGGAUCGUGUCUCUGCAGUGGCGAGGACGUCAAGUGUGUGGAGCGUCUCUGAUUGGCCGAGACUGGCUGCUGACUGCCGCACACUGCGUCUAUGGGAAGAACGUGCACCUGCAGUGGUGGGAGGCGCUGCUGGGCCUCCACGCUCAGAGCGACAGCGGCUCCGCAGACGUCCAGACCCGACGAAUCGAUCGCAUCGUCAUCCACCCACAGUACAACAGACAGACCAAACAGGCCGAUAUCGCCAUGAUGCAUCUGCAGCAGCCAAUCAGCUUCACCCAGCUGAUCCAGCCGGUGUGUUUACCGGCCGACGGCCAGGACUUCACCGCUGGAACCAGAUGUUGGAUCGCUGGCUGGGGACGCACUGCAGAGCAGGGGCCCCUCCCUGACUGGCUGCAGCAGGUGGAGCUUCCCCUGCUGUCCCAGACUGAGUGUGAGGACCAGCUCCCAGAGUACUCCAUCACCUCCAGCAUGGUCUGUGCCGGCCGCCCCGAGGGGGGGGUCGACGCCUGUCAGGGCGACUCUGGAGGUCCACUGAUGCUACUGGACGAUGGAUACUGGACUCUGAUUGGUGUGACCUCCUUUGGUAAAGGUUGUGGUCGUCCCCAGAAACCCGGCGUCUACGCCCGAGUCUCAGCCUUCACCUUCUGGAUCGCCCAGACCAGACGCACUACCCCCUAA